UCGCUCUCUCUCUCUCUCUCUCUCUCUCUUUGGUUGUCCUUUCCUCCUACCUUUUUUUCGAUUCUUCGUUUUCGAUUUUUUCUUUUUUUUUCCUUCUUUUUCGUUUACACUUUUUCUUAUCGUUUUCUUCCAACUCGAUCCAAAAAAGUUAGUAACCAUGAAGUUAACCGUCACGACAGCCGUUUCCACCAUUGCCGUUGCUAUGGUUGCAUUCAGUCAAACUGCUCAGGCCCAAUCAACCUGUGCUGCCCAGACUGUAUUCGAUUUGUGCAAGCAAAAUGAAGACAAUUAUAUCAAAACCUGUAACCAGGGCGAUUAUGCGUGUCUCUGCAAAUGGCAGAAAGCCAAGGUGUCGUGCUGGGACACCUGUCCAAAUGAUACCGAGCGUGGCACUCAGGAAGCUUUGAUGACAACGUACUGCUCACAACCCGGUGCCAACGUCAGCAACAUCCUCCCUUCAACGUCGCUAGCAUCAAUCUCCCAGUCGGCCAGCAGCACGCCUUCCCCAUCCGCUAGUGAAUCCAACGGUGAAAGUGCCGGCUCGUCGCUUGUUGCUGAAGGCAACGUCGGCUAUGUUGCCAGUACCAUCGUUGCACUUGUUGCAGGCUAUAUGCUCCAAUAGGACCUGUUGAGGCAUGCACGCCCUUUACAGAUCCACACCUCGGUCGUCGUCGGGCGUAAUUCUUAUUAUUUUUAUUAAUCUCUUUUCUCAUACUUGUUUUUUCUCAGCGAGCGGAAAAAACAAACAAACAAGAAGCCUUUUGAUAUAAAAACUUUCUUUUGACGUUUUCUUUCUCCUUAUCUACGA